UCCUAAAGAUAGAUUGUGAGGACGGUCAGAGCUCCAAGGAGGUGGCUGUCUGCUCGAUGAGCAUCGGUAUUUUGCGAAUGGGAAUGAACUGGGACGUCAAGCAUGACAAGGAUAGACUCGGAUCUGUGGGUUCCGGGAAAAACGGAUCCAUAUGCGAUGUCUUUGGUUAAAAGCUAUCGCACUUUCUUUAUUCUGAAUGCGCUAUUUGCAUUGGCUGGACCGUCGAGUGACAACCAUCCGCUUCUUAUUUGCCAAUGUAUUCGUGCAUUUUUAUGCAGUACGUGGAGGAUGAAUGGCCUUUACUUGUCGAGUGCAUCGAGAAAGGUGUCAUCCCAGACGUCGAAGACCUAGGUGAUCUGCGAGCACCUUUAGAGGAACAUUUUACUCCCAACCCUUUUCGCGCUGCCGAACUUCGCGAAAUCGGGCCUCCCCGCAUUGAGGGCUGGGCAAUCCGCGUGUGGCCUGACUUGAAACAGUUCAUUGGGAUCACUGGAGGUCAGGCUGCUAUUUCUGUUCCAAAGCGACACAAGGUUACUCACCUCCUCGGACCUUCUGUCCCCAUCCAGUCUCAUGGGUAUGGCAGUGCAGAAUGCGGUGUCGCCAAGCCAUACCAUGAAGGCAACCCUAAUACUGACUUCAAGGUAGGGUUUAGAGAUGGGGUCAUCGAGUUUCUGGACGUGCGCUCCGAUGAGCCUUCGGAACGUGUAUUGUCCGUUUGGGAACUCGCAAUUGGUGGGCAUUACGAGCCUGUCGUAACGACCCGCAAUGGCUUGUGGAGAUACCGCCUUGCUGAUGUUAUCACCGUUAAAGGCUUCGCUCCAGAUGACGGCCUGCCUGUUAUCAAUUAUCUUCACAGGCGAGAUGACUCGCUUGGAGUGGCGUUUGGAGUAUCGUGUACAGAGUCGCAGUUGACGGACGCGAUCAUCUCUGCCGCUCAACGAUCGAUCGGCCAGAUCGUGGCUUUCACUAUUGUGCUAGAUGAUCGAGACACACCUAUUACUUAUGGGUAUCUGGUAGAGCUUGCAGGGGAUCUAAGAGAGGACGCGAGAAUGGCGACAAAGCAAACUUUUGAACACCUCAUCACAGCAAGUGAUGAUUAUCGCCUCGUUGUUUGGCAAGAAUAUCACAAGCAGAAAUGCGAGCGGAUGAACGUCACGGUGGGUCAGGUGAAGGUUCCUGUCGUCGUAUUCGACCCAGCAACCAAGGAAUGGCUCCUGGAGAGAGUUGUAAAGGAGUUGUAACACUUAUUGGCGAGUGAAAUCACAGCUGUGCUUUAUUUAGUAUUUCAGUCUUCAAACUCGAAGCCUAGAGUUUGUUUGGAACAAGUCUAGUUUUCAGUGAAUUUAGUCGUCGUACAUGCAAUUCAAUCGAACUAUAUCACCAUU